AUGGCCAAAGACCGAAAGCUGUUGGAAGACGCGGGAGGGUCCGCCAAGUUUGCCAUUGAGUUUUUCAACAAGCUGUGUUCCGCCGCGAGAAAGGACGGUCAAGCACUGGAUCCCUUGUGGAGGGAUCUUUCGGAUCUCGUGGACAAUAAUAAUCAUGAGGAUGGACAAGAUCAAGAGGGACAAGAAGGUACCACCGAAGAAGCCACCGACUGUGACUCGAGCAGCAAUAACGAUUCUUCCUAUUACACCAAACGAGUGGUACUGACUUCCAGUGCCGAAAAGGACGCCAAACUCUACGAACUUUUCCGAGCAGACUUCCCAGACUUUUCGAUCCAUACCGUCAGUGACAAGAGCUUUUCCGAUGAACCAGCUUGGAAAGCCUUUCUCCAACAAAUGGAAGGAGAGGAAGAAGACGGCGGAGUCCUCAAAAUAACCAACGAUGACCCGCAUCUAAAGACACUCUUGCAACCCAAUGCACUCGAAAUGUUCCAAAUGGAAGAACACAGUUCGGCGGGGCUCAUGUAUGUCCCGAGGUAUCAAUUCAUUCUCGUCGAGCUGUGUCGGACCCGAGAAGGCAUUUAUGGAAGAAAGUUUCGACGUGUGUUGGAAGUAUUUGAUCUACAAACACAAGCCAGGAGACUUGAAAACUCGGCUUUUUACGUCUCGCGCGAAGAAAUCGCCUUGGAUGCCUUGCAUUUGCUCCGAAUCCAAUGGCCCAGUCCGUCUCCCUCGGCCUUCAAAAAGACAACCACGCGAAUGGUCCCGUUGCUGCGAAAAGCAGCGAGUGAAGGGUGCACUUCGUCUAUUCGUUCCAAAUCCCAACAGCUACUGGACUAUUGGAAACAGACCAAGAAUCUAGGAAGGAUAUCCAAACUCAUUUCGGACAGCAACGUGAGCAUAUCAGCACUUCAGCCAGCACUGCAGAAGGCGGGCGAAGUGCUCAUGAAUGGUACUGUGGACAGUCGCAGUGAGAGUCAAGAUCAAUCUUCUUCCUUGUCCGCAACCACAGACACCACACCCUUGACAGCCAACAGCAUCAGCAGCAACAGCAAGAAAGAAGAGGAUGAGCAGACGAAUGCUUCUUCAGAUCCACCAGGAACAGCCAUGAGCGCAGUGGAGGAAGACCAGGCGAAAGCUACCAAGAAACAACAGGAGGAAGUGCCGGAAGAUAGGUUUCACGAUGCAGUCGACGACCACCCACCGAAUCGCGCCAUGGAUGACGAAAUCUCAGUUUGUACCAAGACAUCCGUCCAAGGACCACUUACCGUGGACAGCUUGACCGUCAAGGGCGCACCUAAUUCGGAAUUGGUCAUGUCUACCUUUCGAAAACAUGGCAUUGUUGCGCUUUUGGACAUGAUGACCGAUCUCGAAGCGUACAAGACGCAGGCACAAGAAGCUCUCGAUGCGUUGGUAGAAGAACAAUUGGAGCCGAGAGGCUUGGAACUUGAAAGCGGUGAACUUUUUGAGCUUUGGGAUGCUAGGCGGAUUCCCGGGAGACGAUUGGAAAAUCAGUUCAGAAUACUCGAGGAUGCAGAUUCGCCUAUUGCAAAGCUUAGCCGCCAUCUCCAAGAUGAACUCCCAUUGCUGCUAUUCAAUCAAGGCGACAACCAUGAUUUCAGUCUGGAUCGAGGUGGUGUAUUGCACUGCUUUCCGUACAAGAAAGAGGAUUCUUCCUUGCCUGGGUGGCACCGCGAGGGGUCUUCCCUAUUUCACGACAAUCAGCAUGAUGCCUAUUCAUUCACAGUUUUGAUACCGUUGGUGGAUAUUGUGGAUUCAAGUGGUAUCAUUGAGUUUAUUCCGGGAACUCACAAUGACAACAGUCACGACGAACUGGCUCUGGACAAUACUCAUACGGCCCAACAACCUCCAUCUGCGCAGCACCACAAAGGGCUGCGGGCCUACUUCCUGGCUGGGACGGUCGUCGUGCUGGACAACAGACUGCUCCAAAGAGCCCUCCGAAACAGUUCUGAUGAGAUUAAGCCACUCAUGUACUUCACGUAUACGAAGAAAUGGUUUCGGGUCCAACAGCAGGGGUAUUUUCACAUGAACAAGUCAUCCAACGAAGCCAUUGAGGUACAUUCGAAACUCCUGUUGAUGAGUCGGCUGCGACAGCUUGUGACGGGAGUUUCUUCUGCACACUUGGUUUCAGUGAGCGAUUCCUACGGCCACAAGUUCUUCACCGACCGAUUCGACUUGCUGCUACUGGAAGGGCUCCUUUCAGAUGACGCUGGCAUAAAAGCAUCGGCCACAGCCAACAUUGCCGCAAUACUCCACUUUUGCAGACUGUCCGUGGGAGACAAGGAAACCAUGUCCCGUGAAUUUGUGUUCAGCUUCUCACAGCGAGCCUAUGAGAGAAGAGCUUCGAGGCUCGAACGGAGUCGGAAACGACAACAAGAGCAAGGCAUGGAUGAACUACCGGAUGACAUUGCCGUCGACCCUGAUACUGGCGACGCCAUGGCGCUGCGGGGGCUUACAUGCACCAUCUUGAUGGAGGAAGCCAUCCUUCUUUCAAAGCUUGGCUUCACAGCUGACGAAAAUGGAAUUGCUGUCAUGUUGGCAAUGCUCAAGGCACAUGCUGCACGAAGACCGCUCGGUAGUAUGGGCGUCUCUGUUGCGAGAUUGGAAGAAGUUUUUGCGCUUUGGUGGUAUGCUCGACAUGGCAGCAGAUUCCACUUUUUGCCCGGCUGUGCAACUUCGCCGGAGGAACAAGCUGCCCGAAGUGUCAUUGUGGUAUUCACUGACUUGCACACAAACCCAGACUGGACAUCAAUAGUUCAAAAUGCUUCGGGCGACCUCAUUCUUGAUGUCCUCCUAGUAUUGGAUCCAAAUGUUUCCUGCUUUUGUCAGGACCCAAAUGGGGGCUGGAAUGGUUGUGAUUACUUUCUCUCGGAGCUUGAGGCGUGCAUUCAGGACUAUCAAUCUUCGAUGUUCUUGGGAUGCUCGUUCGGCGCAUCAGCUGCAUUGAGGUUCUCAAGCCUGGCCAACGAAGUUUUGGCGUUUGCGCCUCACGUGGACAUUCCAAAUUGCAAAGAACUCGUCAGACGUACGGAUAUCCCGGCGAAAGUCAAGUUUGACUUUCAAGAUGACUUGGUUCGCGCAGUGAGUUCAACCGAGGCGUAUAUUUGUGUUCACUAUGCCAGCCUCUGGAAGCAACAACGCGUCAAUGUUGAGCUUCUUCCGAAAAUUCAAGGGGUGGACUUGAUAGCCCACAACACGAGGGAGCACGACCUUUGCUCGCACCUUGAUGGCACGUGUGAGUUGCUGGACAUUGUGACCCGAGCGAUUGAAGAUUUCACUGGCCCUGCAACGCCCAGGUCCCCAAAGAAGAUCUGCACUGGCAGGGUUACACCAGUGCCAUCACUGGAGAGCUGCCACACCAACUCGCAGCUCUAG